AUGAAUGCUGGUUUACUCUCAUCAAAUUUAGAAGAACAGAUUCUUCAAUCACUCUCUGAAUUCAGAGCUCUUGCAACUGACAUGGAAGAGAAAAAUCAAAACACUGAAGAAAUACACAAAGUCAUUGAGUCGCUUGAAGAAAGCUAUGCCAAAUUAACAGCGGAAUCUACCCCUCAUAGCAAAAAUUGUCAUAUAAUUUCUAAAGGCUUAAAGAAGAUCUAUGAUUUUUAUUCCAGUAAGCAACAAUUCCCAGGAGUUGCUCCAAGCUUUGCAGAUAUUGAGCAUGGAAAUUCCAUAUGAAAUAAUGCCAAGUUCCUGAAAUUUUGUAAAGAUUUUGGACUUGAUGAAAUAAAAAGAGAAGACCUCCUAAAUAUUUUUAAAGCUAAUGCAAGCUUCCGAAGAGAAAUGAAUGAAGAUCAAUUUAAAGCAGCUUUAAAAGAUAUUGCUCAAAAGCUAUUUAAGAAUGAGCCUGAAGAAGCAAAAAUGGAAAAGAUGUAUGAUUAUUUAAAAGUAUAUGAUUUAGAUUAUAUUCAAAAAAUCGCAAAAGGGUUUGGAUUGCCUUUUUCUAAAGAAAAAAUUGACUUCAGAGUCCAGGGAUUACCUGAGACUAAAAGUUCAGAAAAAAAACUUCCUAACUCCCCCUUCCGAGAGCGAACAAAUCCAUUGGAAAUACUCCUAUUUUUUGCCUAAAAACCCACCCUCUGUCAGAGAGCAAAAAAUUUUAUAUUAGUCAUAAUUAGUAUAAUGAAUCUCUAGCUAAUUCUGUUUUAAUUUAAUAUCUUGCAUUUUAAAACAUAAAUUUAAUAAAUCAAAUUAAUUUUUACAAUUAGAAUUUUUUUAAAUUUUGAAGAAAAAAAGUUAUACACAAAUUUUUGAAAAAAAUAGUAAGCAUUCAUCCUUACCAAAUAUUCAUACUCCAAAAAUAAAAGAUUUAGAGAAGAUUGAAAAAGUAAAAGCAACGAAAAAAUUUGUAAAAAUACCUCUACAGUCGAAAACUCCACAUAGAUAUAGUGAUAAAAAAUUGCUUCUGAGUCAAAACCCAUUGCGCUAUACAUGGCAAAAAUUGAGUCAAAUUACAGAUGAUGUGCUACAAGUGGACAAAGAUCUUGAAAAUAUAAUAGAAAGAACAGUUGACAAUAGGCUAAGCUUAGAUAAAAACCUUUUACAACGAGAUUUAAAGAAAGGAAAUAUGGAGCAACCUAAAUAUCAAAUUAAAACUCAUUUUAAAGAGCCUAAACAUUAA